AUAUGGAGAUGGAGAUGGCGAGGAAUUAGCUCUUCGUCGUGAAAAGAUCAAAUUUUUAAUUUCUCGUGACGAGAUGGAGUUGCUAAACAUGAAGUUUGGUACCAACGAUGUGGCCGUUGAUGGUCAAGAUUAUGAUGAACUGGUUAUAUUGGCUGCUUCGUUUGAGGAGUGCCAAGAUUUUGAGCCUAGAGACAUCAUAUGGGCGAAACUAACUGGUCAUGCUAUGUGGCCAGCAAUUAUUGUGGAUGAGUCUGUUAUAGUAAAGCGGAAAGGUCUAAACAACAAGGCAUCUGGAGGAAGAUCAGUCCUCGUACAGUUUUUCGGCACCCAUGAUUUUGCUAGAAUACAAGUCAAACAAGCGGUCUCAUUUCUUAAAGGGCUUCUCUCACGAUCUCCCCUGAAGUGUAAGCAACCUCGGUUUGAAGAGGCCAUGGAGGAAGCAAAAAUGUACCUAAAAGAAUAUAAGCUUCCAGGAAGGAUGGAUCAACUUCAAAAAGUUGCUGAUACUGAUUGUUCGGAAAGGACUAAUAGUGGAGAAGUGGACAGCUCAAACUCUGGUGAUGAUCACACAAAAGAUGGAGAAGUCUGGUUGCGACCAAUGGAACUUGGAGAUUGCUUGCAUAGAAUCGGAGAUUUGCAAAUAAUUAAUCUUGGAAGGAUCGUGACAGACUCCGAAUUUUUCAAGGAUAGUCAGCAUACUUGGCCGGAAGGGUAUACAGUUAUAAGAAAGUUCAUAUCACUAAAAGAUCCUGACGCAUCUGCCAUGUACAAGAUGGAAGUGCUUAGAGAUGCCGAGUCAAAGACUCGCCCUGUUUUCAGAGUGACAACCAACAGCGGUGAGCAGUUCAAAGGGGAAACUCCAUCUGCCUGCUGGAAUAAAAUAUAUAAUAGGAUAAAAAAGAUUCAGAGUGCUUCCAAUAGUCCUGAUGUUAUGGGUAAAGGACUUCUAGAAUCUGGUACAGAUAUGUUUGGCUUUUCCAACCCAGAAGUCGAUAAACUUAUUCAGGGGCUAUCACAAUCCAAACCACCUUCGAAGGUUUCUCAGCGCAAAUAUAGUUCAGGAAAGUAUCAAGAUCAUCCUACUGGUUACCGACCUGUACGGGUGGACUGGAAAGAUCUUGAUAAAUGCAAUGUCUGCCACAUGGAUGAGGAAUAUGAGAACAAUCUGUUCCUACAAUGUGAUAAAUGUAGAAUGAUGGUCCAUACUAGAUGCUAUGGGCAGUUGGAACCCCGUGAUGGCAUUCUGUGGUUAUGCAACUUGUGUCGUCCUGGCGCUCUUGAUAUUCCUCCUCGAUGUUGUCUUUGUCCUGUAGUAGGGGGUGCUAUGAAGCCGACAACUGAUGGGCGCUGGGCUCAUCUGGCUUGUGCCAUAUGGAUCCCAGAAACAUGCUUACUGGAUGUGAAGAAGAUGGAACCUAUUGAUGGGAUUAAUAAAGUCAAUAAGGAUCGUUGGAAAUUAUUGUGCAGCAUCUGUGGUGUAUCUUAUGGAGCUUGUAUCCAGUGUUCAAAUAGUUCUUGUCGGGUGGCCUAUCAUCCACUAUGUGCACGAGCUGCUGGUCUCUGUGUUGAGCUUGCAGAUGAGGAUAGGCUUUUUCUUCUAUCAAUGGAGGAUGAUGAAGCAGAUCAGUGCAUCCGCCUGCUUUCAUUUUGUAAGAGGCAUCGACAAACAUCAAAUAACCACCUAGAAACAGAGUACAUUAUCAAACCUGCUCAUAAUAUUGCCAAGUACCUCCCACCUCCUAAUCCCUCUGGCUGUGCUCGAACUGAGCCAUAUAAUUAUCUUGGAAGAAGAGGACGAAAGGAACCCGAAGCUCUUGCUGGUGCUUCUUCAAAACGUUUAUUUGUUGAGAAUCAGCCGUUUAUUGUUGGCGGGUACUCUCGACAUGAAAUUUCAACCUACGAACGCAUUUAUGGAUCAAAGAUGUCACAAAUUAUUACUCCAAGCAAUAUUCUAUCUAUGGCUGAAAAAUAUACAUACAUGAAGGAAACUUACAGGAAGAGAUUAGCAUUCGGGAAAUCAGGAAUCCAUGGUUUUGGUAUCUUUACAAAGCUUCCGCACAGGGCAGGAGAUAUGGUGAUUGAAUACACUGGUGAACUUGUUAGGGCGCCAAUAGCUGACAAGAGAGAACAUCUUAUAUACAACUCAAUGGUGGGUGCUGGGACCUAUAUGUUUAGAAUUGAUAAUGAGCGGGUCAUAGACGCAACAAGGACAGGAAGUAUUGCCCACCUGAUCAAUCACUCAUGUGAGCCAAAUUGCUAUUCAAGAGUCAUUAGUGUUAAUGGUGAUGAGCAUAUUAUCAUAUUUGCAAAGAGGGAUGUCGCAAAAUGGGAGGAGCUGACCUAUGAUUACAGAUUCUUUUCAAUUGAUGAGCGCCUUGCAUGUUACUGUGGUUUCCCAAGAUGCCGGGGUGUUGUUAAUGACACAGAAGCUGAAGAACAACAGGCAAAUAUUCAUGCUUCUCGCUGUGAGUUAAAAGAUUGGACAGAAGCCUGAGAGGUUAGUAGAUGUCUAUCUUUGUUGAAGAUGAUGAGUUCUUUAACGCGUCUCUAUCUCAUCGAUAGCGGCCUAAUUUCAUGCUCAUAACCAUCUGUUUCGACUUGCAUGUGCUUACUUGAUCCAGAGUCCAGACCUUCACAUCUGUGUGUACACGAGAUCUUUGUGAGGAUGUCACAUGUUUGUGGAUUCUCAUGAGCUGGCUAGCUUCCCCCUCUAUAGAGGCCCAUUAAUCUCCCUGAACACAUACUGUAACUCUCAGUACUCUUAACUUGAGAUCGUUCUAUCCGAAGGUUUUGUAACAAUCCAUUUCUUGUACAGAUAUACUGAUAAGUACUAGAACCAUAUUAACCCUUUUUGUAACAAGAGGCACAUUACAAUCUUUGGGUAAAUGAAAAAACCAGCAUUUUCUUCUU